AUGCGUCUCCACCUUGUUAUCUCGCGACACGGCCUGCCGGUCACGCGAAUCCUCUGGACAACCGCGGCAGUGUCAGCAGGCGAAUAUGGCGCUCAUCGCCCGGCAUCAGCAGCCGCUGUCGCAUCGUCGCGGGCCCCCAAUAUCGCCUUCUCGAAUGGUGGAUACACCGUCGCGCAACUGCUCGAGGAUGUCAAUGAGGUUGUCCCGCUAGAAACUGAGCCUCAGGUCUUUGAUGCGGAGCUUAGUGGGCAGUGGGGAUUGGAAGACUAUGUCGUUGAGGUUGCCGGCUCGGAAUGCUUGCAUUUCAUGGAAGUUGAUGGGUUGCUUCGGGAUGGCGAUGAAGUCGUUAUCCGUGCCCUCCAGCUGGCAGAUCUUCGCACCAGACGACUCUGUGGUCGUCACCAAAUCACCGCCGAAGGCAAGCAUCUGAUCGACGGUGUGGCAUUUGGUUCACCAUUCUUGAAAAGGACGACAUCUACACGACCGGCAAUUACAAUCCCGCCCAGAAAGAAACGGCGCACUGUUUUUUCGGGCUGGGAGCGGGGUCCGGAUUUUACAGCUGAAGAUGCCCUCGACGCGCCUGUCGAUGAAGAAGGCGACGGAGAAUGGAUGCCGCCUCCAGAAACCGGGUUCGGAAAAGAGCUUUCCAUCAUGCCGGCUGAGCAUGAAGAGUCCAUGGGAACUGUGAUUCGCCAUCCCAUUAAUCACCUCGAGUCUGAAAGCGAAGGAGAUGUUUCGGACAUGGAGGUGGAUGAGAAUGAGCUGGAGAGCGAGCUCCAAGCUCUCAAGGAGGAUUUCGAAGAACCAUCCCAGUUUGUGGAUAUUCGGAGUCAGACUCGGAAUUCUACUGGACAUCCACUACGCGCUGCUUCUAUAGGCAAGCGACCAACCUCCAAAGGAUCACUUGCGGCUGCGUCUUCGCUUUCUAGCAAGCGGUCUCGGGCAGAUGACUCUCCGAGGACUUCAAAGGCCGUGAGAUUCAAUAAAGGAGAAGAAGGUGUCCCUGAGCUUCAGGCUGGAGAGAGCAUUGCGCAAUCUUCUGAUUCUUCCUCAUCAGAUUCCUCUGCCUCGGAGAGUGACUCUGAUUCCGACUCCGAUGAUGCCUCUUCGAGCGAGGUGGAGCCGGCUAAGGAGGCUGUUUCUUCCGACUCAGAUGCCAGUUCUGAUAGCUCUGAUAGCUCUGAUUCUUCUGAUUCUUCUGAUUCCGAGUCCGAAGACGAAGCUCCGCCUGCUCCAAAGACCCAGCCACCGUCUGUUAUCAGCGCACCUGGUGCUGGAUCUAUCCGUACUAAGAAAAGCAACAACCGCCUCAAAAUGCGCCGUCGUCUUUCCAAAUUAAAGGAGCUCGGCGCUCUCCCUGAUGAAGCGGACUUCGAUGCGCUCCGCGCAUGGGAACAGAAGAAUAAUGGCUGGUUCAACCCUGAACAAUCCUUCAACUUGGAAGUGCCUAUUCAAUCAGAGCAACCAGGGCAGUCAUCCGAGAAGUCUGCCAAGCAGCAAAAGAAAGACAAGAAGGAACAGGAGCAGAAAGAGUUCGAAGCCAAACGACAGAAGCUGCUCCAUGCUCUCGCGAUGGGCAAUGGUGUUGAUGUAGACGAAACAUCAGAGAAGGAAAACCACCCGCCUCGCAAAUCUGCUGCUGAAUCUCCUGCAGAUAAAGUGCCUGAGGAGGAGCAACCAGAGAAGGAAUCUUCCAAAGAAGCUUCUCACCGACGGACGUUGGAUGUCGCCAGCUCAAGGCGCAUGCUGUUUGGCUCUCUUGGUAUGCGAACUCCGAAGACCAAGGAGGACGAAGAGGAAACUCGCCGAAAGCUGGCUGCCAAAGCCAGUGCGUGUGGGCCCAAAAAGCACGUUUCGCAGGUUGCCCAUGAAGAGCCCGAUCAGAUGGACGAGGCCGAAGAUGAAUCUGACGAUGGUGGCGAUUGGAUGAACAAGCUAGUCAUUCGUGCCGUCGAGUGUGUCUAUCCUGAGAUUGAAUUGACCGCACCUCCUUAUCCCUUCGUUCAACGCUGGGACAAGGAAGCUAACGCUUUGAUUCGCGAGAAAAAGGGCACCAGCAAGAAGCGGAAGAGAAAGCAACGGAUCCAAGUCUACAACAAUGAGGAGGCGGAAGAGGAGGAGGGAUACGACGAGAACGGAAAUUGGUAUGGUGAUGAUUAUUACCAAGGAGAUGAUCAAGGCUAUUACGAAGCCGCCGCCGAUCCCUAUUAUCAAGGCCACUAUGCAGGCGAGGCUGAAGGUGAGGGUCAACUCAAUUACGACGAAGGCCCCGAACCUGAGCCAACUGCCAAUGCCACCGAUGAUCUGCCUCUUCCGCCCAGUGAUAUGGGCUCUGUUCCUGAUUUGAGUGAGAGCGAACUAAAGGUCGGAGCAAUCAUUGCUUUCCGCCAACUUGACAUGUCCAAAGCUACGAACUGGCAGCCUCAGAUGUCCGAGUACAGAGUGGCAGAAGUGCGGUCUGUCAAAGAGCACGGUGUGGUUAAUGUACUACUAGCAAAGCGAGACCGAAAGCAAUUAUCGGCUAGGGGGGACGAUGAGCUCCGUCAGUUCAGCAAGUUCGAAGUACCCGAUCUAGCGAAUGACGAAGAAGAGGACGAUGGAUACCGUGAGCUUGCGUUUGCGGAAAUAAGCGACCCAAAGCUUCUUCAACCUGCAUCAGGCGACGAGCAAAAAACUCGAGAAGGUAGCAGCAUUGUCUCCGUAGUCGAGGAAUCCGUACCGAACGUCCAGCCUGCGCCAGAGAUGGACCUUGAUGAAACCACUUUUGUCACCAUCGGAAAUGAAGUCAGCCAUCUUGAGUCUCCUCGUGAUUCCAUCGGCCCUGCACCAGUGCCGCAGAUACAGGUCCAGAUUGGAUCCGCGGAACGAAGUGUCACACCUCCCAUUCCAUCCCCUACUUUCACGGGCUUUCACUCCGCGCGGUCCUGGCAGCAACGCACUCCAGGCCCCAACCAAGAAAACAACCUUGAGGGCCAUACUCUCGUCGGAGGCGAAACCCCAUCCGUAGUGAUAAACCACGACGAAGGCCCUUCCAUGCUUUCUUAUACGUCGGCCAACCAAUCCUUCGACGAUGCUGGUGAAACCCCUGACCACCACGAGCGUCAAGUCGUGGAAAGUCUUCCGCCCCCUGAAUCCGGCGGGAGUGGCCCCCAAUCUGGCUCACUUCUUUCGACGAUUCGCGGCGACGGCGCAUCUGGAUCACAGCCCGCUAAGAAGGAAUCCAAGAAGGAGAAGCGCAACACCGCCCCGACAAGCUCGUCCCGGUCGGAGUCGUGGACGGAUCUCCUCAGCAGACUCGGAAACGGAGAGUCUGAUCCAGAUCGUUUGCUCGCUAUCAGCGAUGAUGAUGGGGCCUCUGGAGGAUCCCCGGAGCUGGAGCCGGAGUCAGAACACAGCAAUGGGGACAAUCACUCGUCACACUCAGCGUCGGCCUCCGAGAAAUCCGGUUCCAACUCACCCUCUUCCUCGCCUUCGCCCUCUCCGCAACCACCAACAAGCGCCCAGAAAGACCCCGCAACCACAGACGGCACCCACCUCGUCGACUUCUUCUCCCCUGCCGCCUCUACCCGCUCCAAAAAAUCAAAGCGAGCGCGCGAAUCCGUCGACCACAACUCCAGACCACAACUCCCUACCUCCCAGAUCCCAGCUUCCCAAGCAUCAGCAGUGAUUGAUCUGACCACCAGCCCAGUGGGCAGCCCCGAGCCAGAACACACUUCGACUCCGUCUCGGCGCGCCAAGUCUGCCCUUUUUGGAGCCGACAAGAACUCUCCUCGAUCUGGUCCUUUGCGUGCUUCGACAAGCAAAGUCCAGAAGAUGGUGGGGGUCAGCGUUAGUCCUUCGCAGUCUCAAAGGAAGAAGCGACGUAGUUCAAGAAAGUUCUGA